AUGUCUGCAGGUUGCAGGCGCAGUGUACCGCCUGCCGCAGCGCCACAUGUCGUCUUCGCCGCACGGUUUUCUCCCUGCCGUCGUCCGAGCCGAGCGCCUGCAGAGUACCUCUCGUCCUCGCCGACGCCGCCGGACGCUCCCGCGUGCACCUCCCAGCACAACCACCGGCGCCAACUCCUCCCGACGCUACCCGCUCCGGCCAUGUUCGUUCCGCACCCGUGCCUGCCGAAGCCCGCAGCUACAGCGCCACCCGUACCUCAUCCUCGCCGCAACCAGCUGCUUCUCCCGAACUCCGGACACUCUGCGGCCUCCGCUACCCACCGGAAAAUGCUCCUCCCAGUGCCUCCCAGUGCCAACGCAAAUAGCCGACAAACCACCAGACCGGAGGACCCGCGCCCGCCACGUGGCAGGCGGCCACUGGCCUGCGGGUACAAACCUUACGCAGAGAUGCCCAGUCGACUUCCGUACGACACGUUACACUGA